GUCAAAGAUCUUUGCGAAGGGAGGCGGUGCGGGGAACACGCUCCAUCUGCGAACGGAGCGCAGCGAAGGCGCAGGCUUAACCUGCCGUUGGGGAGAGAGCUUCCAUACGCUCUCUCCAACUUCUCUCUCUGCAAACUUGGGGGUCUUGCAGCCUGGCUCGCUUCGGGAAGGGAGUCCACCCUCUUCCCUCCUCACCUAAGCUGCGGUCUUCAAGAGGGGCAUCGCGUUCUUGCGGCUGUGCAGUUCCAGAAACGUACAAGCUUGGAGCAUCACUAAACUACAAGCAACACUCUCCUGUUUGUCUCAGGGCUCAGUUCUGCCCUCUCUCAUCAGAUCCAUGAUGGCGCUGUUCGCUGUCCUCGCUGCAUUGAUGCUCGCUACAGUUCAUGGACAGGAAGGAGACGAAACGAUCACAUACACGCAAUGCACAGAUGGUUACGAAUGGGAUCCCGUCAUGCAGCGAUGCAAAGAUAUCGACGAAUGUGAAAUCGUGCACGAUGCAUGCAAAGGUGGGAUGAAAUGCGUGAACCACUUCGGAGGAUACCUCUGCCUGCCCAGAACGGCUCAGAUUAUCGUCAACAACGGUCAAGAGCAACCUGUGCCUGAACCCGUGCCUGUGCCUAAUGGCCGAAAUGGCAAUGCCAUAGCUCGAAGGACUGUCCCGGGGAUACAGUGUGCGGCCGGGUUUGAAGCCAGCGAUCACAACGUGUGCCAAGAUAUUGACGAAUGUGCAACAGGCGCCCACAACUGUAGGGUAGAUCAGAUAUGCGUCAACUUAAGAGGAUCGUUCAGCUGCCAAUGCACAGCCGGGUAUCAGAAGCGAGGGGACCAAUGUGUCGACAUAGAUGAAUGCGCACGCCUUUCGUUUUGCCAUCAUCGGUGCGUGAAUACUCCCAGUAGCUACUACUGCCAAUGCAACGCUGGUUUUCAGUUAGCAGCCGACAACCACACGUGCGCAGACAUAAAUGAAUGUGAGACCAGCAACCCAUGUGCACAACUGUGCUACAACACGGUUGGAUCUUUCAUCUGCCAGUGCAAUCAGGGCUUCGAAUUAAGCCGGGACAGAAUGAAUUGCGAUGAUGUCAACGAAUGCGGAACUUCGAACUACAUAUGUAUGUAUCAGUGUGUCAAUGAACCAGGGAGAUACUCUUGCCUGUGUCCAGAUGGUUACCAGUUAAUCAGAGGCAGAAACUGUCAAGAUAUCAAUGAAUGUGAAGUGGGCCAUGAAUGCCGGGAGGACGAAAUGUGCUGGAACUAUCAUGGCGGAUACCGCUGUUACCCGAGGAACCCUUGUCAAGAGCCUUACGUGCUGUCGUCUGAAAAUCGCUGCGUUUGCCCGGUGUCCAACCCCCUUUGCCGAGACCUUCCAUACUCCAUUGUGCACAAAUACAUGAGCAUCCGCUCAGAAAGAAUGACUCCGUCCGAUAUCUUCCAAAUCCAGGCGACCACCAUUUACCCUAAUACCAUUAACACGUUCCGGAUCAAAUCUGGAAAUGAGAACGGAGACUUCGUCCUGAGACAAACAAGCUCUGUGAGCGCAAUGCUUGUGUUGGUGAAACCGUUAACGGGACCUCGAGAACAUAUCAUUGACCUGGAGCUGCUUACCGUCAACAGUAUGAACUAUCGGUCGAGUUCCGUGCUGAGAUUAACGCUAAUUGUAGGACCAUAUCCCUUUUAGCCUCUGCAGCUAAGCCACUCGCAAGCACCCACAGCAGCCAAAGAAAUAUUCCCUUAAAUGAAGCACUUACGACUUUAUUUAUAGAAUUUACGGGGUGUGUUUGUUUUGUUUUUUUUAAAGGGGAGGGGAAAGCCCCUUUAUUAAGGAAAUUAGUACUUGUAACCACGCUGUUAUGCUUAUAAUUCAAGAGUAGGAUAUGUGUUUCAGCAAUAUAACCUGGGCAUUGCAAACCUUCUGUAUAAAGAUGGCAUUUCUCCCCACCCGAUUCCUCGCGCACGUAAGUCGCACACCGACUGCACAGCGGCGCUAUUCCCACUGAGAAGAGUGGGGUCGUAGCCACUGGCUUUGCCCCAGACCCUCAUGUGUUCGAUGGAAGUGGUGGAAGAGCGCUGUGCACAUGGAAACCGCACGUGCGUUGGCUCUGUGCGCACACCACGGAGGACCCCAAUCACAGAGGCUUUCCAAUCGCAUGAAAGAGUUUUCAUGCAUAACUGGGGUCCAGCCACACCUUCCACUGAAUACACAGAGGUUGGGGAGGCAGAAGGACAAGGUCAGAGACCAAAAUCUCACCCCUCCCUCCCCCAAUGCGUUCAGUCAUCACGGUUUGGAAAUGAGAAUAUGGCUAUAAUUGUUGCUUUCUCAUUUUCUUUCUAGAAUAGCAGGACAUCACCUUCAAAUACAGACUGUUUUAUCCACAGACACCCCCAAAAAAGUAAACAUUUGUUUUGACUGAAAGCUAACACUUUUCUGUUACAGUCAUACUUCGGAUUAAAGAUGCUUCGGGUUAAAUCUUUUCAGGUUGCGACCCGGAAGUACCGGAAAGGGAUACUUCCGGGUUUCGCCACUCGUGCAUGUGCAGAAGCUCAAAAUGGCGUCUCGCGCAUGCACAGAAGCAGCGAAUCGCGACCCGUGCAUGUGCAUGUGCAGGCGCAGGUUACGUUCUGCUCUGGUUGCAAAUGGGGCUCAGGAACGGAUCCCGUUUGCAACCAGAGGUACCACUGUAUGAGAUCCUGGGUUGGAUAGUGUUUCACCUAUUCCCACUGAUUUUUUAUGGGGAAAUGAGCCCAGCGCAGAUGUUCUUCUGUUUGCAUGGGCUGCCCUGCUUACUUCAAUGGAAGAAGCCCAAUUUCAAGUACAGUGGUACCUCGGGUUAAGUACUUAAUUCGUUCUGGGGGUCCGUUCUUAACCUGAAACUGUUCUUAACCUGAAGCACCACUUUAGCUAAUGGGGCCUCCUGCUGCUGCCGCGCCACCGGAGCACGAUUUCUGUUCUUAUCCUGAAGCAAAGUUCUUAACCUGAAGCACUAUUUCUGGGUUAGCAGAGUCUAUAACCUGAAGCGUAUGUAACCUGAAGUGUAUGUAACCCGAGGUACCACUGUACGUUCAUCUGUAGACGUGGGCGAAAUAGUACUGCUAGCGUACCCAAGAGCUUCGUGUGCACAUUGAAGCACGCCUGUAGGGUGAGACCCAGCCAGAGAGGGCCACUUUUGAUGUCCCAAUGACGUUUAAAAUCAGCGGGACUCGAAUGCGCUUUGUACUGGCUGGACAGUGCUCUUGGGUUCAAAAGCCUGGUGAUCAUAGAAGCUAUGAGGGAGGGAAUCUUUUACAGACCAAGGGCCUCGUCGGAAGCCUCCCAGGGGCCACAUGGUAGUGGUGGGUGGGGCCAGAUGCAAAAGAGGGUGUGCCCAGAGGGGAAGGCGAGUAAAGCAACAGAUGUGACUCCUGCGUUUGUACAGCAGGACAACUUUUCAGCCAUGCAGAGGUCUGUGUUUUCGACGCAGAAACUCAUUCAUAUGCCUCGCCAUCCUCCAAGUGAGGCAUCAUCGCAGUUCAAGCGUGCAUUUCAGUGAGGCAAAAGCACUUGGGCAGGGGGCGGGACAGGACUGAUAAGAGGUGUGGCCUGAGAAGGGUGUGUGGCCUAGGCAGAGUCCCAAGGGCCUGAUACAGGGGAACGGAGGGCAACAUUUGGCAUUCAGAUUGUUGGUUUCCCACUCCUGCCAUAGGUGUUGCUGUGUAUUUAGUGGUCUGUGUUUGCCUGAGCUUGAGUCUGGACUAAGGAUUCUGAGCCCCUGUGUUCUGAUUCGAUACAUGAUAUCCAAUCACAGAACAUUUCAGGAUUUGGGCCUCUGCCAUUGGCCCUUAAACACUGAGUUAUGAUUCGCAGCUUGGAAGUUUAGACAGCCAAUCACAAUGGGAGUGGGAGUGGCCCAGGCCUUCAGAAAUGUAUAUAAGCAGUUGCUUUGCCCCUGUUGUCCAGUUCUGUAGUUCAAUAAAGGUUCUUGCUGUUAUUACUGAAGCACACCUGCAGGGGUGCUUCGUGGAAACCCACCUACACUUCAGGUGGUUUAUUUGUACAUCCCAUUGUCCCUAAACCCACGUUGUGCUCAAAGCACUUCAAUCAGAACAGGCCGUUCAAAUGAUCAACUCCCGCCCAGAAACCAAUGUCCCCACUGUGGAAGGACGUGUAGAUCCAGAACUGGCCUCCACAGUCACCUACGGACACACCGCUAAGACCAUCUAACACCAUUAAGAGAUCUAACAGUAAGAUAGCUCGCCCACAUUAAACGAUGUGGAUAGAGGUUAUAAAAAAAGAAGAAUUAAUUCCUCAGACACCUAUUUUUUCUCUCCUAUUUGAUUUGUGUGUUCUUGUUGUUUAACUGAUCUGGGAUUAAUGAGCACCAUAAAGAGAAAAUAGUUCGCACUGGGUGUUUCCAUACCACUUGUUACCAUUUUAUCUUUUCCAAGAAAAAUGGGACAUAAGGAAGAAGCUUUGCCAACAAUGAGUGAAGCUCCCAAUGGAAAGACGACAUCAUUUGGAGAAAUGUUUCUGCAUGAGUAUUGUUGCUUGCUUCUUUCUAGUUCCUGAGCAAAGGAGGGGGUGGGGGAAUAUAUGUUUGUAUACUAAGAUCCCCCAAUUGAAAAAACAGCUGCUUCUACGUUCUUCUCUUUUUCUUUUUUAAACCAUUUUUGGCUUUGACAUGUGUUGGGUUUUUUUUUUCAGAAUUUGGGAUCCAAGAGCUGGCUCCCUUUUAUUAAACUUUCUACAAUACAGCAGUGCCUUACUCAUCCUAUAUAUGUUUUAUAACUCAGAUUUGCAAUUCUAAAUGUACAGUGUUCAUUAAAAAAAAAACGGUAGUAAAACCUGGAACUGAAUACAUCCCUUUGUAAUAUGUAAAACCUUCUCCUGUUUCUUCAUCGAAAAACCAUAAUGAAGUCUUUGAUGUACAAUUUUUUAUAAAAAAUAAAGAAAUAAGUAAAUAAACCUGUUUUUAGUGGA